CCAAGCCAUACGAACUUGAAGAGACAAGCCAGCCGUGGUGGAACGAGUGGCCCUCAACAAUGUUUUCCUUUGAGCUUCUAAGCUUUGCCUUAGAAGGCAAGGGCCUAUGAGACUCGCCAACCCAAAGAGACUUCUUCAUCACUAGAAACUUGAGCCUGAAUGCAGAGGUUCAUCGUGGAGAAAACAAAGCAGAAAGCCCCAGGAAAAUUCUGCAGAGUGGCUACUUCCUCCUCCAGGGGAGUUCCUCUCUUACCCUGCUGACUGUAUUAUUAUUAUUAUUUUAAAAACACUACCCUUCAGUUUCUGUUUAAAGAUUUUUUUUAAGGCGGUGGGAAGUAAGCAAGUGGAUUUCUCGAGCCUUUUUAUGCUUUCUGAAAACAUACACGGUCCUACGAGAGACUAAUAAAUUGGCAGAAAUGGAAGAGCCACCUUUGCUGCCAGGAGAAACCAUUAAAGACAUGGCUAAAGAUGUUACUUACAUCUGCCCCUUCACUGGAGCCAUCAGAGGAACCCUUACUGUUACCAAUUAUAGACUGUACUUUAAAAGCAUGGAACGGGACCCUCCUUUUGUCCUAGAUGCAUCUUUAGGUGUUAUCAACAGAGUGGAGAAAAUAGGAGGUGCUUCCAGUCGUGGUGAGAAUUCCUAUGGACUGGAGAUUGUGUGCAAGGACAUUAGAAACUUAAGAUUUGCUCAUAAGCCUGAAGGGAGAACUAGACGAUCCAUAUUUGAGAACCUAAUGAAAUAUGCUUUCCCAGUUUCAAAUAAUCUUCCGCUUUUUGCAUUCGAAUACAAAGAAGUUUUUCCAGAAAAUGGAUGGAAGGUAUAUGACCCUAUUUGGGAGUACAGAAGACAAGGAAUUCCCAACGAAAGCUGGAGGCUGAGCAAGAUUAAUGAGCGCUAUGAGCUGUGUGAUACAUACCCUGCCAUUUUAGCUGUGCCCGUAAACAUUCCUGAUGAAGAAUUAAAGAGAGUGGCAUCUUUCAGAUCAAGAGGACGAAUACCAGUACUGUCAUGGAUUCACCCAGAAAGUCAAGCAACAAUUACUCGCUGUAGCCAGCCAAUGGUGGGAGUAAGUGGCAAACGAAGCAAGGAAGAUGAAAAGUACCUACAAGCCAUCAUGGAUUCUAAUGCUCAAUCCCAUAAAAUCUUCAUAUUCGAUGCAAGGCCUAGUGUGAAUGCUGUAGCCAAUAAGGCUAAAGGAGGAGGCUAUGAGAGUGAGGAUGCCUAUCAGAAUGCAGAAUUAGUGUUUCUGGACAUUCACAACAUUCAUGUCAUGAGAGAGUCCCUGAGAAAACUGAAAGAAAUUGUGUAUCCCAAUAUUGAAGAGACUCACUGGCUGUCUAAUUUAGAAUCAACUCAUUGGCUAGAGCAUAUCAAGCUCAUUCUUGCUGGAGCCCUGCGAAUCGCCGACAAGGUGGAGUCAGGGAAGACAUCUGUGGUUGUGCACUGCAGUGAUGGCUGGGACCGGACAGCCCAGCUCACCUCUCUCUCUCUGCUGAUGUUAGAUGGCUACUACCGAACCAUCAGGGGCUUUGAAGUGCUGGUGGAGAAGGAGUGGCUGAGCUUUGGACACAGAUUUCAGCUGAGAGUUGGCCAUGGAGAUAAGAAUCACGCAGAUGCAGAUCGCUCUCCUGUCUUCCUCCAGUUCAUUGAUUGUGUCUGGCAAAUGACAAGACAGUUUCCUACAGCAUUUGAGUUCAACGAGUAUUUCCUGAUAACCAUCCUGGACCACCUGUACAGCUGUUUAUUUGGGACGUUCCUGUGCAGCAGUGAGCAGCAGAGAAUAAAGGAGAGCCUUCCAAAGAAGACCGUGUCACUUUGGUCUUACAUUAACAGCCAGCUGGAGGACUUCACUAACCCCUUGUAUGUGAGCUACUCCAACCACGUCCUGUACCCUGUGGCCAGCAUGCGGCACCUGGAGCUGUGGGUCGGCUACUACAUCCGCUGGAACCCCAGGAUGAAGCCGCAGGAGCCUGUCCACAACCGCUACAAGGAGCUUCUUGCCAAGCGGGCUGAGCUGCAGAAGAAAGUGGAGGAGCUGCAGAGAGAAAUCACCAACCGCUCCACCUCGUCCUCAGAGAGAGCUGGCUCUCCCGCGCAGUGCGUCACUCCUGUACAGACAGUGAGGGAGGGAGCAGAGCAUGGCUCCUCCGGGGCUUCCUGCAGCUCUUCUGUUCUCCAGUGCCUCAUCCACAUCAGGAGGAAGGUAGUGGAAUGCCAAGGGGUGCAUGUGAGCUGCUGGGAUCAGUCAUUCCAUUUUGCUUGGGUAAGCAUUACUUGUGAGUUUAAUGCUUCUGUGCAGGACCAUAGCAGCGUUUUUAAGGUAUUUCAGCUUUCUGCUAACUAAUGGAAGCAGCUGUAACAACCAAAGAAGCCUUUCUGCCUGCACCGCAACUGGUACUUAAUAUUCCAGUAGACUAAAAAGCAUAGUGGUUUCUGUACCCAGGCUUUUAAGUCUUUUUUUUCAUCAUAGCAUACUUCGAGACUAAACAUAAAUUCAAUUUUAAUACAAACUUUUAUUGUAGGUUUUAUUGUAGAAGUAGAUAAACAUUCAGUGAAACCAUGACUGCUGCACUGCUUGUCAGACACGUAAGAGGCUGUAGGUGGCAGGGCUUCCAGUGAAGUUGUGUAUCUGCAAGGAGCUUUGCUCCAGGCUGCUUCUUAUCUCUGCACUGAGAUCAUGGCUUGGUCUGAGUUCCAGCAUUGUUUUUGUACAAUAGGAGCCAUACUGUGGGCAGCUGCUUAAUAUACAUAUCAUGCUUUUUCUCUCAGCCUUUCUCCCAAGACAGAUAAAUAUUUCUUUGAGAGGAUAUAAGAGUGGACUAAUUUACCCAUCAUUCUUUCAGAAUCCUCCCAUUCUUUCACAGGGAGGAAUUAUUUCCAGCUGCAGUCUAUUUGUAUGAUUAACAGGCUGUAGAUCAUUGCUGCACUUGUUACAGUUCAUAUCUCAUUAGGGCAAAGAAUCCACUCAAAAUAGCUUCUGAAAGACUUAAAUUUGCUUUAAGGUUGAAGGGCAGAGUUACUGUUAAGUACAAUCAUUGUAUAAGAUGGGUCAUAGUAUUAUUCUAUAUGAGCAAACUGACCACGUGUGUAUAUUUUGUUUUUUGGAAUUAAGACUGGUUGGUUUAACACUAAUAAAAAAUGAUAAGCGGA